AUGUCUACCAAGCCGACCCUUCACAUCGCAAUGCCGCCCCGGCGCCUCUCCCACCACUCCGGCCCUCGCAGCCCGCGAUUCCACGAGGACUUUGACGCGCCAUUCUCCGAAGCCAUCAUGAACGCCUCCCUCAACAGCGUCGCCGCCGCCGCCGCAGCCGGGUCCUCCUCCUCCGUCUGCUCGCCGUCCCAGGAGCGCCCCAGCCUCGACUCCCUCCGCCGCAGCUCGCCCGGCAGCUCCCUGCGCACGCCCUCGUUCCCGACGCAGUCGCCCACCGAGCAGUGGCGCGAGUUCCCCUGGACUCGAGGGGCGACGCAGCGCAAGUCCAGUGUCAACGACCGGGUGCGCGGCUGGGCCCGGAGGUCCCUCAUCUUCAAGAGCCGUCCAGCGUCGCCCGACGAGGCGACCGGGGGGUCGUUCUCCAAGGCGGACCACUCCAACGAAGCGUCCCCGACAGAGGCACCCAAAUGA